CAUCAACGUGUUAAGUAUUUUAAAACUAGAAGGAGUCAAUUAAACCCCAUUUACAGAUCCGAUAACAUUUUGAAAAGUCUGCUUUUAGGAUGAUCAAAUGUUUAUUCCAGCGAGUCUCGCGUGCGUAACUGGAAACUUUGAACCGCCCCCAAAAUCUACCGGUGCUCUCUACAAGUUGCGCUACGUCUGCGCUCGUUCUCUGAGAGUUUCUUUAUCAAAAUAUCCGAUGAACAACGAGAACGUAAAAAGGAUAGUUUCACAUUUGAGAGACAUUACUUUCAACACUCUCUGAGGAUGUCAGUCCGAACCAGGGCAGGUUUUUGUCGUCAGGAGAUAAACAGAACCGUUUGGGAUGUGCCGGAGAGAUACAGAGACCUCAUUCAGAUAGGAACCGGAGCAUACGGAACAGUCUGUUCAGCCAUUGACCAUAAGACAGGAGUGCGGGUGGCCAUCAAGAAGCUCCACCGGCCGUUCCAGUCCAGACUGUUCGCCAAACGCGCUUACAGAGAGCUGCGACUGCUCAAGCACAUGAAACACGAGAAUGUUAUUGGACUGCUGGACGUCUUUAGCUCGGAAAUCUUAUUGGACAGAUUUCAGGAUUUUUACCUGGUGAUGCCAUUUAUGGGCACUGAUCUGGGAAAGCUGAUGAAGAUGGAGAGAUUAUCGGAUGACAGGGUGCAGUAUUUGGUCUAUCAGAUACUGAGGGGUCUGAAGUACAUUCAUUCAUCCGGAAUCAUUCACAGGGAUCUCAAACCAGGAAAUCUGGCAGUGAACCAGGAUUGUGAGUUGAAGAUCUUGGAUUUUGGACUUGCACGUCAGGCAGAUUCAGAGAUGACAGGUUACGUUGUGACCCGCUGGUACAGAGCACCGGAGGUUAUCCUCAACUGGAUGCACUACUCACAAACAGUUGAUAUCUGGUCAGUUGGCUGCAUCAUGGCAGAGAUGUUACUUGGAAGGCCACUUUUUAAAGGAAAUGACCAUCUAGACCAGCUGAGAGAGAUCAUGAAAAUCACAGGAACGCCAGCACCAGAUUUCAUCAUGAAGCUACAGAGCCAAGAUGCCAAAAACUACAUCAGAGGUCUACCUAAAGUCCCCAAAAAAGACUUAAACACUAUUUUCCUUAAAGCCAGUUCUGAAGCGGUGAGCGCUCUGGAGAGGAUGCUGGUUCUAGAUCCAGAAAAGCGCGUGAGUGCUGGAGAGGCGCUUGAGCUCCCACUGUUUACGGAGUUCAGAGAACCUGAGGAAGAGACGGAGGCCCUGCCUUAUGAUCACUCUAUGGACAACACAGAAAUGCCUCUCGAUCAAUGGAAACGACACACUUUUACAGAGAUCCUGUCAUUCCAGCCACCCAUUACAGAAAUCAGAGACCCCAAAGAAACAUCCCUCUGAGUGAACGCAGAAGUACAUGUCAUAUGCAUAAAUUUAUGUGAAAAUAUAUGAUAUAUAUAUAUGACUAUAUGACUUUGUAAGUAAAUGUAAGAAAUUGUCACAUUGUUGUUCAGUUAUAAGUUUACUGAUUAUUGUACAGUUAUGUGAAUUCUCUUUAAUUAAAUUACUUAAAAUCCAUGUUUUACCUGGAACCAAAACCA